UCGAUAUAAUAUCAUGAAUAUUCAUCAGUUUCAAGUUUCCAUAAAUACAAGCAAAAUGCGAUUUUGGGCAAUAUUCGGUGUUGUUGUUUUAAUAUUCCAAAUGAUGAGUAUCUCAUAUGCUCAUCCACCAGGAGGGCCACCACCAGGGGGCCCAGGAGGACCACCACCCGAUGGAAAUCCUCCACCAGGACCACCACCCGAUGGAAAUCCUCCACCAGGACCACCACCUGAUGGUAAUCCACCACCAGGACCUCCACCAUCUGGACCUCCACCAUCAAAUGGUACCGCACCAAGUUCAACCACAGCCGCUUCUACUUAGCGACAUUUUGCUUCAACAUUUGAAGUAAUAACGCAUUACUUAAAGAAGUAGUUUAGUAAACAAUUUGUAAUUGAUUAUUUUUAUUUCAAAUAAAUGUGUAUGUCAUGAAAGCA